AUGAAGUCCCUCUUGAUUAUCGUAGUUUGCUUGUAUAUAGGAGCAGAAACGUUGGCUGCCAAGAAAUUCGAACUUCCCUUCGCAACAACAAAACAACGAGAGGCUGUGAAACUUGUGAAGGCUCUACGCAGUAUUGAACUAGAGAUCGCCAACCCAAAUGGCCAGGUUAGAAUCGCCAGAAGUCUAAGACAAAGGAGGCAGAGUAGCUCGGCACAACAAGAGUAUCUUGAUGCACAUAACACAGCGAGGUCUAUAGUUAGUCCAACCGCUACUAAUAUGAGGAAAAUGAAAUGGAGCGACGAGUUGGCUCAGGUAGCUCAGAACUAUGCCAACAAAUGUAUCUGGGGACAUAAUUCAGCAAGAACUUCCGAUACCAAAGCGUUGACGUCACAAUUCAGCUACGUUGGCGAGAAUCUUUACGUCACUUCACGAAGUUCUGUCCUUCCCAGUUCUGCCGUGGAAUCUUGGGACGAUGAGAAGAGUGACUACUCAUACGGCACACAGGCCUGCACCGGUGUCUGCGGUCAUUACACGCAGGUGGUUUGGGCAAAUUCUGAAUACGUCGGAUGUGCUAGUAGUACCUGUUCUUCCUUUACCGGAUUAUCAUCUUCAUUUAACGGAGGAACAAUUGUAGUCUGCAAUUAUGGACCGGGUGGAAAUUAUGGUGGACAGAAGCCGUUCGAGUCUGGGACUUCGUGCAAUUCGUGCCCUAGUGGUUAUUCAUGUUCAAACAACCUCUGUGUUGACGGUAGUGAAAGCAACAACUCGGGGUCUGAAACGUCUUCUUCUGAAAGUAGUGGUUCCACUUCAACAAACACUGAUAACUCAAGUACAGGAACUGGGCAAAGUUCAAACGAGGAUUGUUUUACCGGGGAUGGUUCUGACUACCAGGGCACUGCCAGUACAACAGUGAGUGGUAAAACCUGCCUGAACUGGUCUGACGUCUACUCUUUCCUCCCCGGCAACAACUACUGUAGAAACUAUUUCGCGGCCUACGGGUUCACGGAGCCAGUCUGUUACAUGCAACCCGGAACCAACUACGUAGAAUCAUGUGGAGUUCCGAAGUGUGACAAGAAAUAGAUGAUACUAUCAGUUCCCUGAUAUCAACUUGACCGUCCCAAUUAUUUCGAGUAUGGAUUUUGUUAUUAGUAAAUAUGAUUUGAACUGUUUUCAACCUUUUUAUGUAUAUUCACUUUUUUCCCUUGUUUGUUGCAAAUAAAGUCACUAAGCAUAUUCUCUGUUUGGUCUUUUUUUAAUGUUAUAAUUCCAAUGUUUUUGCCUUUGAUAACUUUACAAAUAGUAAUGAUAGCCAUUUUCUCAUGAAGACGUUGCAGUUGUAAACAAUGUGGAUGAAUCUUGAUAAAGAAGGUGUUGCAUAGAAGUGGUAAUAUU